GGGGCGGGGCCGGGCCGCGCAGCCGUGUGACGCCGCGGCCGCCGAGGAGCUGGGGAUUAAUGGGAAAAGUUUUGGCAGGAGCCGGAGGAGCCUGCGGAGCCUGCGGGACGGCGGCGGUGGCGCGGGGGGCAGCCAGGACAGUGUUGCGUGGUGUUUUGGGGUAUGCACGUGGUACUCAAGCAGUGGCUUCUGUUCACCGACAGAUGAGGACAGAUGCACCAAAGAGGCUGACAGGAAGUGCCCUGUAGAGGUCCGUCUGCGUUCAGACCCAGAUGAUGCCAGAGCUAUGACCGGGCCUGCAGGCGUGGCGCCGAGGGGAAAUCAGCCAUGGAGCAGCCACCGGAGGAAGCCCCUGAGGUCCGGGAAGAGGAGGAGAAAAAGGAAAUGGCCAAGGGAGAAGGAGUCCCAGAGCUCAAUGGGGGACCAGAGCACUCACUUCCUUCCAGCAGCUGUACAGACCUCUCCCGGAGCUGCUCUCCACCCUCGCUGCUGGACCAGCUGCAGAUGGGCUGCGAUGGGGCCUCUUGUGGCAGCCUCAACAUGGAGUGCCGUGUGUGCGGGGACAAGGCAUCAGGCUUCCACUACGGUGUGCACGCAUGCGAGGGGUGCAAGGGCUUCUUCCGUCGGACGAUCCGCAUGAAGCUGGAAUACGAGAAGUGUGAGCGCAUCUGCAAGAUCCAGAAGAAGAACCGCAACAAGUGCCAGUACUGCCGCUUCCAGAAAUGCCUGGCGCUGGGCAUGUCGCACAACGCCAUCCGCUUUGGCCGGAUGCCAGAGGCUGAGAAGAGGAAGCUGGUGGCAGGGCUGACGGCAAACGAGGGGAGUCAGCACAACCCCCAGGUGGCUGACCUGAGGGCCUUCUCCAAGCACAUCUACAGUGCCUACCUGAAAAACUUCAACAUGACCAAAAAGAAGGCCCGCGGCAUCCUCACCGGCAAGUCCAGCCACACGGCGCCCUUUGUGAUCCACGACAUCGAGACAUUGUGGCAGGCUGAGAAGGGCCUCGUGUGGAAGCAGCUGGUGAAUGGUCUGCCCCCCUACAAAGAGAUCAGCGUGCACGUCUUCUACCGCUGCCAGUGCACCACGGUGGAGACCGUGCGUGAGCUCACCGAGUUCGCCAAGAGCAUCCCCAGCUUCAGCGACCUCUUCCUCAAUGACCAGGUGACCCUUCUCAAGUAUGGUGUGCAUGAGGCCAUCUUUGCCAUGCUGGCCUCCAUCGUCAACAAGGAUGGGCUGCUGGUGGCCAACGGCACUGGCUUUGUUACCCGUGAGUUCCUGCGCAGCAUCCGAAAGCCUUUCAGUGACAUCAUUGAGCCCAAGUUCGAGUUUGCUGUCAAGUUCAAUGCCCUGGAACUUGAUGACAGUGACCUGGCUCUCUUCAUCGCGGCCAUCAUUCUGUGCGGAGACCGGCCAGGCCUCAUAAACGUGUCACAGGUGGAGGCCAUCCAGGACACCAUCCUGCGCGCCCUCGAGUUCCACCUGCAGGCCAACCACCCUGAUGCCCAGUACCUCUUCCCCAAGCUGCUGCAGAAGAUGGCUGACCUGCGGCAGCUGGUCACCGAGCACGCCCAGAUGAUGCAGCGGAUCAAGAAGACCGAGACCGAGACCUCGCUGCACCCCCUGCUCCAGGAGAUCUACAAGGACAUGUACUGAGGGCUUCUCCAUUGACCAGCUCCUGAGCGCUGGACGUGGAGUGUCGAGCGGCGGGAUCACACACACUCGGCGGACACAGGACCUCUGGCUCCCCGUGUCCCCGCCUCCCUUCCUCAGCUCCCUCCUUCUCAGCUCCCCGUCUCCUCUCAUGUCUCUGCUCUUUUUCUUCCUUCUGCUCUCGCCCUCCUUUCCUCUCUCCUGACCCCCAUGUCUGUCCCUCUUUCUCUUGCUGUGAGACAGUUUGUGUGAUUUCACCAGCAGCGAGAACAGGACUUCUGCUUUCCCCCACCCCACCCCACCCGGCCCCCAGCAGGAGAGAGCGGGGUCUGCCCUCUGCACCAACAGUCACCUUCUCCUAUCCUCACCGCAAAGGACUCGAGCCAUCCAAAGAAACACUAAGCUCUCUGGGCCUGGCUUCCCAGGGAAGCCAAGCAGGGCCUGGGCUGACUGCAGAGCAGCCCCUAGUCACCGGGUCCCUGGCGGAGGACAACGUCCCCGCACGGUCGCUGCCCUGCCGAGGCUGCAGUUGGCACCCUGGCUCUGGUAGCAUGCCUCAGCCCCACUGAUCCCCGCCACCCUUCUAUUCUUCUUUUCCUUGGUCUUCCAGGCUGGUGUUGCUGAUGGCCCCCCUGCGCCGGCCGCUGGGGGACACUGCCCCCAGCCUGGGCAGAGAUGGGGUUCCCUCCUGGUGGGGGUCCCCACACCCCCAUGGAAUAGGAGCAAGCGUCAGGGGAGGCGGAGGUUGGUAGAGAAGGUGGCGCGUGGUAGACUCACCCCUCCUGACCCCAUCAGCCUUGGGGUGGGCCCCCAUCAGCGCCCCACGCUUGCCACCCCGCUGCAGUAGCCACCGAGUCGUACCUACUUGUGUCAGCACCGCCGCUCCCACCUCAGCCCUCGGUGCCAGGGCCUGGCCUCACAUGCACCCCUCCUUUCUGUGGCCAGGAGACACGGGCACCGGCUCCAGCCCAGCUGAAGCUCACGCCCCACACACACUCCCUCCAGCACACACAGCACAAGCACUGAAAUCACUUUACCUGCAGGUUCCUCACCCCUCACCCUCCCCUCCCUGAGGCAGGUGAGCGCCCAGAGGGGCCUGCAGGUGGACUGGCAGAACCGUGCCCCUGUUCCUGGGGUCGGGCCAGAUCGCUUGGUGGGCAGGGGGCGGUCCUGUAGACCCAGCCCAGCACCUGCUCACAGGGGAGGUACCGGCCAUAAACUGAUCCUGCUCGUUUGUGACACCUGUUUGUCCCACCAGCCCUGCUGCCCUCCCCUUCCUUGUAUUUGACCCAGCUGGUCACCUGGAACUCUCCCUGCACCGCCUCUGGUGACCAGGGACCUCGCCAGGCCCAGUCCCACUCCUGGCCCUCCCCCCCCAUCGAUGCACGCUCGCCUCGGAGGAGGGGCUGAAGCACAGCUUGGAGCACUGUCUGAGCAGAGGACAGAGAGCCCACCCCGGCUGCUUUUCCAGGGAAGAAGUGGGCCUGGAGGGGUGAGGGGCUGCCUGGGGUCUCUGAGAAUGGUGGCGGGAGACGUGGGGUUAGCGCCCAGGCUUCCUGGGUCCUGUGUGGUCUUCCUUCCCGAGGACCCUUUCCAUGCCCCAGGAUCACUGUCUUCUGGCAAGAUUCUUCCCUCCCUUCUCCUCCCCUCCCCCACCACACACCCCAUCCUCAUCCCCCACCCAGAUCUGGUACUGAGAAUACAGCUCUUCUCAGUGUCUGAACAAUCUCCAAAAUUGAAAUGUAUAUUUUUGCUAGGAGCCCCAGCUUCCUGUGUUUUUAAUAUAAAUAGUGUAUACAGACUGAUGGAACUUUAAAUAAAUGGGAAUUAAAUAUUUAAGAGUUGAUUUAGGCUAACUGAAGUUCAUAGUGUUUUUCCUGGGGACUGAUGGGAUCCCUCCCCCUCGUCCACAUCCAGUGCACAGGGGGAGACUCGGUUGGGCAAAUGAGACAGUGUGGUACUGGCCGGAGGGGUCAGUUCUGGCUUGUGGGGGCUGCCCAUCAUGCCCCCUCACCUCCUGCUCUGCUCACCACUCGUCAGUUAGCAAGGGUUGUGGAGGACUGAGAAGAUGCCAUCCCACCCUGGGGGAGCAUUUGGGGUGGGAGGGGGAGAAAGGAUACACACCCUCUGAGAAGGGUGUGUGGAACCGUGGCACAAACCAGGGUUGGGGGUAGGGGGUCUGCGAGGGGCUCAAAAGGGCCUGGGAGGAGGCAAGUCCCCCUGGGCCUUGAGUGGUAAAUGGAACUUGCAAAGCCAAAGCCAGGCAUUCACUGUCAGUUUUUUACCCUACAAGACAUCAGGGCUUUCCUUUCCUUAGCUGACACCCCAGUUUUCUCCUUUACUUCUGGCGGUGCCAUCUUCACAGAGGCUCAGGACAAAUGAAGCAAACAUUUAGACUAAAGAAGAAAGCAACCUUAAGAGAAUUAGAAGAUACUAUCUUUGCUAUAAAGCUUCUAAAACUUAAAAGGUUUUUUUAAUAUUUUAAUUUUAUUGGAGUAUAGUUGAUUUACAAUGCUGGGUUAGUUUCAGGUGUACAGCAAAGUGAUUCAGUUAUACAUAUACAUAUUCAUUCUUUUUUAGAUUUUUUUCUCACGUAGGUUAUCACAGAAUAUUGGGUAUAGUCCUCUGUGCUACACAGUAGGUCCUUGUUGGUUAUAUAUCUUUUUUUUUUUAAUAAAUUUAUUUAUUUUUGGCUCCGUUGGGUCUUUGUUGCUGCACACGGGCUUUCUCUAGUGCAGAGAGCAAGGGCUACUCUUCGUUGUGGUGUGUGGGCUUCUCAUUGCGGUGGCUUCUCUUGUUGCAGAGCUCAGGUUCUAGGCUUGCAGGCUUCAGUAAUUGCGGCACGGGGGCUCUAGAGCGCAGGCUCAGUAGCUGUGGUGCACCAGCUUAGUUGCUCUGUGGCAUGUGGGAAUCUUCCCAAACCAGGGAUUGAACCCAUGUCCCCUGCAUUGGCAGGCAGAUUCUUAACCACUGUGCCACCAGGGAAGUCCCGGUUAUCUAUCUUGUCUAUAGUGGUGUACAUGUUUUCAUCCCAAGCUCCUGAUUUAUCUCUCCCAACCAUGUUUCCCCUUGGGUAACCAUAAGUUUGUUUUCAAUAUCUAUAAGUCUGCUUCUGUUUUGUAAAUAAGUUCAUUUAUAUCUUUUUUAAAAAUUCGAUUCCACGUGAGUGAUAUCACAUGAUACUUGUAAAAAAGUUUAUUUUUUUAUUUUUAAAUAAAGGAAGAAAUGGGGUCCGCAGCAGUAAUAUCCCUGGGAAGCCUGGAAGCAGCAGACACAAAACCUUUCUGGAGGACAGACACAGGCAGUACAGAACCCCCACAAAAUUACAGACAUGAGAAAACAAGCCUGUGUGAAAAUAAAUAGAACGACCAGUGAAAUCAGAGGCCCAGGACAUCAAUAUACAAAAUAUAGCUAUUGGUUACAGUACAGGAGCCAAAUAAGUUGUAUAUUAUUUAAAAAUAUAAAGAAAUGAAAACGAUAAAGUUUGCCUUUUAAAAGAAAUACCUGGAACUUCCAGAAAAAAAACUCAAGUUAGAAAGCAGAUUAGACACAGCCAAAGAGAUCAUUUUAGCACCUCCAAAAAGAUUUGUAGAAAUUAUCCAGAAAAUAGCGUAGGAAAACCAAGAUAGAAAAUGUGGAAGGGAAGAAGAAAAAUGCAAAUUCUCAUGUACUGCAGAAGGGAGUAGAAGCUGAUACAAUCAACUUGAAAAACAAUUUGGCAAAAUCUCAUAAAGUUAAAAUGUGCCCGUGGAAGCCGUGAGGCAUCAGGUUCCACCCCUAGAACCCAGGCACUGAGGUCCAUGGCUGCCGGGCUCGCAGCUGAAUUCCUCUCAGGAAACUGCCCACAGUGAAGGGGGCCGCCUCGCCCAGGAUAAGCACACCCCCUCCUCAGGAGCAGCCUAGAGCCAACAGGUAGGGACAAGGCCAAGCUUCCUUGCCCCAGUUUGAGAACGUGAAGAAUCGUCCCAGCUCCAGAGUUGGGGUUUCUGUCGUAAGUACAUUGUGGUUUAAUUUCUUUCUCUACCCAGUCCUGCUUCCUUCAAUUCCUUACAGGUGUUGUCCUCAAAAGCGCUCUCCAGUGAGUGUCCUGCAAGUAAACCUCCAAAUCUAUUUCCUGGAGAAGCCAGCCUGACACAAUAUCCUAGAGUGAGAGCCACAAAAUUAUACCAAGACUCGUAUACAUGUUCAUUACAACAGCAGCAAAAACUUAGAAACAACAAAAAUGUUCAUUAACAGGAAAAUGGAUAAAUUUGAUAUAUUUAUACAAUGUUUUAAAAAAAAAACUAGAAGAGUGGGGGAGGGGAAAAAACCUAGAAGAAAACAUGGGGAAAAUUGUAUAUAAUCUGGAAGCGGAUAGACUGUUCAAAAAUAUUGUAUACACAAAAGUUUCUAAGCUUCAUGCAGUAUACACAAAACUUUAUAAAAUAAAAAGAUAAAAGAUCUUACUAUAUCACAUUAAAAAAUAUUUCUCCCGGUGGGGGCAAGAACAAAAAAAAUUUACAUCAACUAUGUUAAAAAA